ACUUUGGCCCAAGGUGGUGUUUAGAAAUUGCAUAAAGACUUGGUGACAACAGUUGCCUGACUUUAGGGUUUUGUGAUGCUAGUGCCCUGAGCAAGGCAUGUUCUGUAUUUGGGGUGUAAUAAGAGAAGCUGGGCUUGUUUCCUGGAUUAAUAAUUCAAUUGGAAGUUGGGGGUAAAACAAAAACACCAUGGGAUCCUGUUAGGUCCAGCUGUUUCUAUCCCACUACACACCCCCCACCUUUCACGCAUCACUUUCUCCCCGUCUGAAACCAUGUUCCCACCCUCAGAGUUAAUGGUAAGGUGGGGGGUAAAUAAGGAGCGGGGGCUGGGAGCAAGCAGAGGCAAGUAAUCAGAAGUAUCAUGUUUCUCAGGGUGUCACACACCCUAAAUUCCUAAAUUCAAUGAUCCCUUCACGAGGAACACUACCAACUUUUUUUUUUUUUUUUUUUUUUUUUUUUUUUUUUUUAAGCCCUGUUUGGUUUUUAGCUCGGGACUUGUGUGCAUUGCAAGAGGCUUUUUUAGGCGCGGAUCUGGGAGGGCUGGACCUAAGGGGUGAGGACAGGGACCUGGAGGGGACAGGGCGGCGUGCUGGGACAGGGUGGGUGGGUGUGGGUGUGGGUGGGUUUAUUUUUUCCUCUCAUUCCUGGGGUCUGAAUGGAAAGCACGUUGAGCUGUAAUUAAGACAUCUUGGAGGCGUACUUAACUCAUGACGUGUUGCUUUUCUUUUCCUCUCGGUGAGAAAGUGGCUUUCUCUUCCCUGAAUCAGGUCCUCUGCCACCCAGAGCCACAAAGAGACAUUCGGGACAUAGGCACACACACGCACACGCUGACUUAAGGUGAGCACCAAAAACUUCCUCCGCACUUCGCUGUCCUCUGUUUCGAACUGCUGGAGAGUUCUGAGACCAUCUCAACUCAGGAGCUCUGCACAAGUGAAGAAGAUUCUUUUGACUAUAAAGAUGAAGAGUCUACUUUUUCUGGUGCUGAUUUCUGUCUGCUGGGCUGAACCUCACCCUGAUAACUCAAGUCUGGAGCAUGAAAGAAUUAUUCACAUUCAAGAAAAUGGACCCCGUCUACUUGUGGUAGCAGAGCAAGCUAAAAUUUUCUCACACCGGGGUGGCAAUGUCACACUGCCAUGUAAAUUUUACCAUGAACACACAUCAACAGCUGGCUCAGGAACCCACAAAAUCCGGGUCAAGUGGACCAAACUCACCUCAGAUUACCUCAAAGAAGUGGACGUCUUUGUUGCAAUGGGACACCACAGAAAGAGCUAUGGAAACUACCAUGGCAGAGUGUUUCUGAGGGAAAGCAGCGAAAAUGAUGCUUCUCUUAUAAUCACAAAUAUAAUACUGGAGGAUUAUGGGCGAUAUAAGUGCGAGGUGAUUGAAGGAUUAGAGGAUGAUACAGCAGUGGUAGCUCUGAAUUUGGAAGGUGUUGUAUUCCCUUACUCUCCACGUCUGGGUCGUUACAACUUAAACUUCCAUGAGGCUCAGCGAGCGUGUCUGGACCAAGACUCUGUUAUUGCCUCCUUUGACCAGCUCUACGAUGCCUGGAGGUCAGGGCUGGACUGGUGUAACGCCGGCUGGCUCAGCGAUGGCUCCGUACAGUACCCUAUCACCAAGCCCAGGGAGCCCUGCGGAGGGAAGAACACAGUUCCUGGGGUCAGGAAUUAUGGGUUCUGGGAUAAAGAUAAAAGCCGAUAUGAUGUUUUCUGUUUCACUUCAAACUUCAAUGGUCGUUUUUACUACCUAAUUCACCCAACCAAGCUCACCUACGACGAAGCUGUUCAGGCGUGCUUGAAGGAUGGAGCUCAGAUCGCUAAAGUUGGCCAGAUAUUUGCCGCCUGGAAGCUCCUGGGGUACGACCGCUGCGACGCUGGCUGGCUGGCUGAUGGCAGCGUCCGCUACCCAAUCUCCAGGCCAAGGAAACGCUGCAGUCCUAACGAAGCAGCGGUUCGCUUUGUAGGCUUCCCUGAUAAAAAGCACAAGCUGUAUGGUGUCUACUGUUUCAGAGCGUACAACUGAAAAUACCUAGAGCACAAAAGUUUUAAAUUCAUUAAGAACAUGUGAAAGAUUUCUUUUCGAUAUGAACUCAUGCAAGUUACCAAAACUGUGAUAAACCUUUUUUACUUACUGUAAAGAGUCAUUUUCAUAAACCCAACCCAUUAACUUUUUUGUUGUUGUUGUUUUAGUAUUUUUGUAAAAGUAUCAUUCCAUAGAUAUUUUAAAUUAAUAUAAUUUAAUGGAAGCUCUAGGUAAGGAAUUUUUUAGAGCCAAAUUCUUUAAGCUACAUCAUCCCAACAAAAUAUAAUUUUCAUGAAUGGGGCAUGCAAUAGAGCUUGACGAUUGCUAGGGCACAAUUAUGGAAUGUAAGGCUACUCAAAGCAGAAGCUUUUAAAAGCACAGAUUUUACAUAUUAUUUGUAGCAGUUUGAGAAAUACUGCAAAUUGAUUAUAUCAGGAAUUUUGAAAUAAGAUAAUCUUUUUGUUAAAGGGGAUCAGUGAGGUUUUGCAAAAAAACCUCACAAAAACGUAGGUUAGAAAAUAACUGUUUUCACUGGUUUCACAUGGGAACAACACAGAGUUUAAUAAAAGCAGCUAAAACAGUCCACAAAAAUAGGACUAGUUUUACAAUUUAAAAUCUUGCCUUUCUGAAAAAUAAGCUCAUGGUCCCAUGCAUAAGAACAAGCACAAUUAAUUCUCCCGAACAUUUCAAUUGUGGGUUUUUUUGUGUAUAAAACAUUGAUGAGGGAGUGAAUAAUUAACUAAUAAGAAAGCCCUGUUUUCUUCUUAACUCCAAUUAAAGAUGCCUGAGAAGUGUUGUAUUACCUUUGAGUAGCUUUACUGAGUUAUUUUUAAACUCUUAAAGGCCGUUUGCUAAGCAGCAUAUAGCAUCUACUCAGGGCAGUUGUAUAAAUGAACUGCUGGACAGAGAAAUUGUAAACUUUAGCAGCUUGAUUUUACAUUAGCCUUUGAAAUGUUAUUGUCUUAAUGAAAGAACAUUACAAUAUUUAAUAUUUCUUACCUAUUUACAUAUCACAAGAAACAAAAAUUAGAAAAAAUCAUUAAAAUUAUGAAGUCU